AUGAAGGAAAAAGUAAACCAAAUCCCCGCAGCUGUUGUAAUUCCUGGUGAGUACACUUUAGCUUGCUAGCUAAUGGUUGAACCACUGCUUUGAAUGCCCACAUUCAGUCAACCUACCAGAGGUGGGCCUGGACAAUGGCUAUUGUGUGCUCUCCUGUCAGUCAACUCAGCCGAACCUCUGGUUUGGCAACCUUGUAACCUAAACAACUUGUAGAUGACUGGGUUACAUCCCCCCACCCUCAUACAGUGGGCCUCAUGGGAGCCUCUGAUGUACUCUGUAAAUGUGUUUAUUUUUGCUGUAAGAUGUGGAUUUUUGGAUCAAUGUGUUUCUCAAGGAACUGUAGUUUCAUUGGACAAAAGUCUUGUGUAAGACAAGACUUUUGUCUAAUGAUGAUGUAAAAUGGGUUGAUUUUUUUUUAUACAGUGUUGGAAAAAAGUUUGGAAUAUUUUCUUCAGUGUUUCUAUUCCUUAAGAGUAUGCUUAUUUUGCGCGGCUCACGGGAGUUUAGAGAAGCGUGUCUUAGCUCAAAAUGUAGCUGAGAUAAUCCCCUUUCAGCGGGCAUACAGAAUUAGUGUCUGCUCCGUCAGAGAAAAAUAACAUGAGCCUGAUUACAUGACACUCCCAUUUUUGACCAACAAAUCAGCAUCCACCACAAUGGUUAUAAAAGGGUGUCCACUUGUUUCCUGUGUCCGAUUGCUCCUGAUCUUUUUAGACAAGGUUCCUGUGACUAUGAGACGUCAACUGAGUGCCGCAAUCUGCAACCGCAUCGUGGGCAUGCGCCAAGCUGGAGCCAAACAGAAUGCCAUAGCCACUGCUCUGGGAAUUACGCAGGGUGCAGUGUCCAAGAUCCUGAAGCGACAUCGACAGACAGGUGUGCCAACACCUAGACCCAGGUCUGGACGUCCCCGAAAAACCACAGUGAGGGAGGAUCAUUAUCUGCACAGGCUGUCUCGUACUGGGCGUACAAAGACUUCCACCUAG